GACAACAAGGUUGACAGCUACCAGCAUAAUAUAGGAUAGGUUUCAUUUUUCUUACUGAAAAAAGUUUAUCGUAUCAAUUGUUGAUAGAUUCAUGGGAAACAGUUCAUACUUAUGAUUUCCAUGCAAAGUACUUUGUGAUUAGUGCCACAAAAAAUCAUACGCUUUCAUGGGGUAUUCAUGUGCUACAUAAAAAAUUUCAUUAAGUGAAGAUAAAUAAGAAAAUGUCCAUUUAUGAAAUCAGUAUCCUGAUAUCUACUGUAUUAUGCCUAAUUUUACUAAGAGUACUUUAUGUACUAUUAAAGAUUUACACUACAAAGUGCGACUUACAAAGUUCCCAUGAUGGAUUAAGAACUAUCUUGUGCCUUGGUUCUGGAGGGCAUACAACUGAAUUGCUUAGACUAGUUAAAAGUUUAAACUGUAAGAAGUAUAACCCACGACUUUAUAUCAUAGCUAAUAAUGAUAAAAGCAGUGAAGUGAAAAUGCAUUCGAGUGAGAUCAGUCAGAAAGAUUACUCUUUUACGAAAAUUCCAAGAAGCAGGAAUGUGAAACAGUCAUAUUCUUCUUCAGUGUUAAGCACACUUCAUGCAUUUACUCGGAUUAUUCCAAUUGUGUAUGGAUUCAAACCAGACAUUAUAUUUUGCAAUGGUCCAGGAACCUGUGUGCCACUUUGUGUUGUGGCCUUUGUUUUGAGAUGUUUAUUCUUAAUAGACUGCAGAAUUGUAUUUGUUGAAAGUGUUUGUCGGGUAAGGACAUUAUCGCUCACUGGAAAAAUAUUACAAUUAUUUGCAGAUAUAUUUGUUGUACAAUGGCCUCAACUAAGAAAUGAUUGUUUUAGAGCUAAAUACUUUGGUAGAUUAACAUAGAAUUUAUGAAUCAUGUUAUGAUACAUGUCAAAAUAAAACACAUUGUUAACUCAGAAAAAUAAUGUGUAUAAUUAAUAAUUCCAAGAUUUCCUAGAGAUCAGUACUGGUUUUCCUGGCUCUGAAGACUACAGAUCAAUUAUAUUAUUGACUUCUCAAGUAUAAAUAACCAAAUUUGACACAUUCUGCUAGCCCUCAAUGAAAAAGCAGAUCAACACAGAGCGAGCAGCUAGCCACAGCUGAGUGGUAGCUUUCGCUGUGUGAUAAGGUAAACAUCAAAUUGGCUAGUCUUAUUUUAAGUAGUUUUAAUAAUUCUAAACAGAUCUAAAACCUUGGACUUUUCUCCAAUCAUUUGAAAUCUUAGUGAUAUAAGUUUCACUAAGAUAGGUUCAUUAUAUAUUUACAUGCUCUUAGAUUAUAUAACCAUUUGUGCCUAUAACCUAUAUUACCAAAGAAAAUAAUCCCCUAACAUUAUUCUUGUAAAAGUAAAGGCACAUGACUAUAAAGGCAAAUUAUAAAGGCCUUCAAUUGCUUAUCCUUUGAUAUUGAUAUAUUUAGACUUAAGGUAUUUUCAGCAGUUUAUAUAUUAAGAUAUAAAACAAGUAUAACAAAAUGAAAACAGUACCCUCUUGAAGUAGGUAUUCAGUUGUAGCCAGGUAUUUAAAAAAGUCUAUAAUAUUUUUCAUAAAAUAAAAAUAUUAUAGAUUUUUUUUUAAUUUAUAAAAAUACUUAUAAAGUAUUUAAAAAUAAAAAAUAUACCUAAUUUUGACAUACCUUGUAAAAUUUUAAAGAUUCAUUUCCAUUUACAUUUAAAUAAGUCAUAGUUGUAUCUAUAACUGUUUUCUGAAUUUUCCUAAGCUUUACUCAUUAAAAAUAGUUAACAGCUCAUGCCCUACCAUAAUUCAUAGCAAUUAAGCAAGAUUUCGGUACUAUAUAAUAUUGACUAUAUAGACUGACAAAGCAUUAUUGUUUGGUAUCAUGUUGAAAGUGCAAUUUCAGUAAUUUAUUCAGAAAACCAUAUAUUAGUUCUCAGCCUUAUAUUUAAAUAAUAUAGUUAUCAAACAUUAUUCUAAGCAUGUUGGCAACAGUUCAUAACAUACAAUUUAAAUGCAUCAGUCUUCACAACAGUUUAUUGCAAAUCAUGCCAUCCAUAUAAGUUUUGAAUUAAGCAGUAUGAAUAUUUUGUGUUUUAUUAAAAAAACACUAAGAACUAGUGGAGCACACAAAAGUUAGAAAACUAAAUAAUCUAAGUACUUAUAUAAUGUGCAACAUAAAAACGAAUAAGCUAAUGAAACAUAGGUAUCACUUCUAACAACCCAGAUACUACAGUCAGUGUUUCAUUAACUGACUUGCACUAGGAGUCUAUUGGAUGUGUAAAUGCCAUAAUAAACUCAUAAUUGUUCUCUGUCUUGGCGCUAUGGAUGGAAUUAAGUAUAAAUGAUAUAUUGUUUUGCAUGUUACAUAAAAAAAAAUAGAGCAUUAUAAUAUUUUUACACAGGUACAAAUAUUUCUCAAAAAUUUAUGCACAGUUAAGUAGAUUGGGUAACAGUCAUCAAAAAUUGUCUCUAAAACAAAUUAGCAGUUAUUAUGCCGACUACAACCAGCCCAUUAUAAAGAUUGUUUCAAUAGAACAUUUUAAGAAAUUUCUUUAAAUGACAA